GCUUGCUCUCCAACACAAUUCUUACCACUUUUAUAAUCCGCGGUCUUGUCGCCGGCUGCAGGUCAGAAUCGCGACUCGGAUUGAUAAAAUUUCUUUACGUCUUCCUUAUCAAAGACUACGCCCGUCCGAAUUUGCCAUCGAGCCUUUUCGUGGGUUUCAGAAUCGCCUCUGUUCCUGAAAUUCCCGAGGCUGCAAUCAUGGUUGCAGAUGCCGUCGUCUAUCACCCUGCGGUGACCCAUUAUCUCCGAUACGUCGCGACUACAGUCGGUCGAGACAAGGUACUCCGUACCAUUCAGUACUUCGCGCGAUUCUACGCCUGGUAUCUUUACCGCACCAACAAUCCGACCAGUUCCAUUCAGCCAUGGACCACGAUCAAGACUCAGUUCGGCCUGACGCGAAAGAUCCUGCGUAUUGGCAAGUUUGUGGAGCAUCUGCGUGCUGGUUCUGAGAUCUAUGAUGCCGCAGUAAAAUCGGGCAACGGAGACAAGAUCACUCAAUACCUUCAGAUCCUGCGACAGAUUGGGUAUGCCGGCUACAUGCUAUUUGACAUGAUGACUGUGCUGGAUGCUAUGGGUGUCAAGAAGGAUCCCAGGGCCAAGAACAUUCAGGCGACAGCGUUCCGAUUCUGGUGGACGGGCUUGACGGCAAGCGCACUGGCUGGAAUCUACAACAAGUACAAGCUGAGACAGCGCACCAAGGCCGUUGAUGAGAAGGAUGCCGAAGCGAAAGUUGAGAAGGUGAAGAUCGCAAAACAACAAAAGGCUGUCAACAUCCAGCUUGUUUCUGACCUUUGCGAUCUGACAGUGCCGAGUACUGCACUGGGUUACCUCAACUUGGACGAGGGAAUUAUUGGACUGGCAGGCACGACCAGCAGUUUGCUUGGUGUUUACGGAGCCUGGCAGAAGACUGCUUAAAGAGUGCAGGCCGGAAUAUCCAGGGUUUCUCGUGUUUUAAGACCUGCCAUGACUAUCAUGCUUGGGUAUAUUUGGUCAAUUGUCGCAAGUACUAUACAUUUAUCUGUCUGUUUUCCAAGACAAUGAUGUAGUCUCUUUUUACGGGCGACCGGCAUUGAUGACACAGAAUAACAUCGUGUCAUGUUUUGCCUGGUAUGAUACUCUGGUCUGGGUCAUGAAAAGCGAUUCCCCCGCUUUGUUUGACGCAAAGGCGCAUCUGGUGGAGUCCAGACUCGUAAGGACUUGGUUGUUUUGGGCAGCCCCCAUCAAUCCCAGCGAAACGCUCUCUACAAACGAUCUUGUCUUGCACCAUCAACACAUCGUUGCUACUGUGAUCAGCAAAACUCUGCCCUGACUCAGCAGGAUUGAGUUGAGAUACUACUCGUCGACGUGUAACCUGAUGUGCCGUCAAUUGCAUGGUCUGAGUCUGGAUCUGAGCGCGAAGCGUCGGUGGCGUUGUUGUGUAGGGUCGAUAACUCUUGAACCAAGCACAGUGCAGUCUAGUCAGCGAUCAAAAAACAGUAAUCGUGGUACUGGACCUGUAUUGGCAAGGGUGGAAGGAAAUGUGGUGAUUGGAAGCGGGGGAAGAGCAUUCGAUGACAAUGAAGACACUGG